AGUGCUUUUUUUGGCUGGAGUCUCAUCCCUUCUCUCCCCCCUGGGCCCCAAUCCGUUUCAAGCAUGGCCGCGGCGAUGCUCGCAGCUCCCUCCCAGGCCUCCCAGGCGACAGGCACGAAGCGCCCCUGCGAAGAGAUGAGCACUUCGGCGGGCAGCGACGCAGCGGAGGUCGAGCUGGGGCCGAAGCCCGAGAAGGCCUACAAGAGCUCGGAGUUCCUGAACUCCAAGGGCGCCAGGAUGAUCCGCAUGAUGUGCGAGCUCCAGCAGCCGGGGACCGUGCUGGAGGAGCACGGCGUCGACAACGUCAUCAUGUUCUUCGGCUCGGCCCGCGCCAAGCCCAGGGCUCAGUACGAGCAGGCCGUGCGGGACGCGGAAGCGAAGGCGGCCGCGGACCCGAGCGACACGAGGGCGCAGGGAGCCCUCGCGAGGCUCCAGAAGCAGGCCUUCCUGAUCCCCAUGUUCGACGUCGUGCAGGAGCUGGCGAAGAUGACGACGGAGUGGUCCAUGAGGCGGGCCGCCCAGGGCAAGGUGGCGUACAGCGUGGGCACCGGCGGCGGCCCUGGCAUGAUGGAGGCCGCCAACAAGGGCGCGAUGCUGGCUGGGGGCAAGUCGAUUGGCUUCGGGAUCUCGCUGCCCUUCGAGGACCACCUGAAUCCCUACGUGACCCCCGACCUGGCCUUCGAGUUCCACUACUUCUUCACGCGCAAGUUCUGGAUGUCCUACAAGUGCAUGGGCCUGGUGGUCGCGCCCGGCGGCCUGGGGACCUGCGACGAGCUCUUCGAGGUCAUCACGCUGAUGCAGACUGGCAAGAUCAGGCGGUCCCUGCCAGUGAUCCUCAUCGGCAAGCAGUUCUGGAAGUCGGCCAUCAACUGGGACUUCUUCGUUCAGACCGGCAUGAUCUCGGACGAGGACGCAAACCAGCUCAUCUUCGCCGACACCGCGCAGGAGGCCUUCGACGCCCUCGUCGCCGGGGUCACGGCGCUGGAGUGCACGCCCGUGGCCUCCAAGAAGAAGGCGAAGGCGUAGGCGACGAGGCCGCAGCCAGCCGGCGGGGGCAACCAUAGGGGUGGAUAGGCUCGAGGGGGGAAGCUUCGGGUUCGAGGUUCGAGGUUCGAGGUUUCUGGCCCGACAUGGAGGAAGCACCGCCCGCCCAGAGGCCCCGCGCGGCCUCGCACGGGUCCUCGACCCGUGCACGCCUCGGGCGCCUCGCGCUCGGGGGGCCCUCGCGCCGGCCUCGCUCGGGCCGCGGCUCUUCGUGGCAGUGCUCGGGUGGGUCUGGGGAGCAGCACGAAGCUCCGCGCGUACCUCCGAGGGUGCAGGCUGCGUCCUUCUCUGGUCUCCCCCAGCCGGCCCCACCGCGCCGCCUGGGCCUGUUUUUUUAUGCCCAGAGGUGGAGCCUCUUCUUCCUCCUAGGUGCUUCCUUCCAUCCUUCCUCCUCCCCCUCCUCGCGCCUCCGUCCUUCCUGCCCCCUGC